GGAUCAUCAGUGCUGCGGCAGCGGAUCGUUCAGCUGUCACACGCAGAGGAAUGAUAAUUAGCAAGAGAUUGACUCGGCAGCAAGAAGAAAAAGAGGAGGAGAGGAGCCUGGCCUGCAGCAGAGGAGAGAGCAGAGGAAUACAUGAAGGCAUAAAGAAUGAGGGAUUGGACUGAUGACAAUCUGAUCAGAAGAAGAAGAGAGGAAAGCCGUUGAGUGGCAGCAGCAGUUUUGUGUCAUCUCUAUUUUCUUGGGGGAGAUGAUGGUGACAGCAACAGCAGCAGCUAAGGAGGAGAGAGAGGGAUAAACUGGGAUCAAUAAUCCUCUAUCCUCCUUUUUCUCCCCCCCUUCCUCCUCCACCUUCAUCCUUCCAUCACCUCUGCAGGAGCCGCUGAAACCUAAGAAUCUGGUUCCAUCCAAAGGGAUAAUCAUAGCGGGGAAUCCCACAUACUUCUUUAUUACCAUGAAGAAGACCGACAUCUGACAUGAUAUUUAACCUCUGGAUAUUUCCUCCACAAUCAGAUCCACGUCAGGAUGAUCAGUUGAGUCUUGCUCAUGGACACACGGACCAGGACAAGAUGACGUUUUCCUCUCCCAUGUUCAGCAGAAGAUGACUUUUGAUCGACGUAGCAUUUUUUUUGUUUUGUUUUUUUGAUGAUGGAAACAGUCUGAACUCUCUUAUCUCUACUUCUCGUCUUUACUUUGGCAUUUUCCAGACUGUUUAAGUUGGACAAUUAUGGCAGGGAUUCUGACUGAUUAUAUUGUGAGGCUCUGCAGGGAAGCAGGUGAAUAACCAGCCGGUGGUGCAUACUGCAUUUCUGCUGCGGCACAAAAUAUUCCUUGUAUAAGGAAAUCUGGACACUGGACACAGCAAUGAGACAAUACGAUAUCUCUGACCAAGAGGGACAGAUGCAUCCUCUGCCAGCUCCUGUUUCCAGACCUGCCUCUUGGAAAGUGAUGUUGUGAAUGGAGUGCGUAAAGACGAUGCAGCUAAUUCACUGACAAACACACUGUUCUGAUUGCUGCUUUGAAUCCCACAAUCUGUUUCUAUAAAUUAUUUUUUCUGCUUUAAACUAUUAUGGGUCUGAACUCGUACGGGAGCACCUGACCGGCCCAGGGGAUGGUCAUCAGCUCAGUAAGACUUCCUAAUUGGAGCACUCAAGGACGUGAUCCAUCUUAAUUUUCAAAUCAGAACUUGAGAAAGAAAAAGUCCUCUCCCCCCCACUUACCUCUGGUGGGGGGGAGGGUGAAGGACAUUUUUGAUUUUAAAGUGUAGGACUAAGGGUCUUGCGGUGUAGUUUAUAGAUAAUAGACUUUAGGUUGUAGACUAGACAGUGGCGUCUGUAUUAAGAUAGCUCUACUCUGUGUUUGUACAUGUUUUUCUCUCUUUGUUAAGCUAGUUUCAGCCUUUAGCCUUUCGGCUCAUUUACCUGUAUCACCACUCCACAUCCCCCAGUGUUCUAGCACAUUGAGCUAUUAUUUGGCUCUGCACCAGCUUUUGCAGCUGUGAUUCAAGCAGAAGAUUAGCAUUUAGCUUCUGUGUGCUAGCUGGCAGUGCACCUCCUGAAUCUACGUAGUUGUGACAACCAGCAUAGUUUAAGCUCUUUUUGGCAUUUAGCAUAAGUUUUUUUUUGACGUCUGUUCAUUUUUCAGGUUGAUAUUUAGUCAGAGGUUGCCUAGCCAUUAGCCUGUGUACUCUCAGAUUAGCUUAUCAUGGAUGCUAAUCAAGGCUCAGGCCAAGGCAAUGCUGAAAGCCCCAACAGGGCUGUGGAGUACCUUCUUGAACUCAACAACAUCAUUGAGAGCCAGCAGAAGCUUCUGGAAACCCAGCGACGUAGAAUCGAGGAGCUGGAGGUCCAACUGGACCGGCUCAGCCAGGAAAACAAGGACCUGCGUUUGGAUCGUCAACCUGUCGCUCCUCCUCCGCCUGCUCCUCCCCCCGAGCCUCCUCUCCCACCUCCUCCCCCGCCGCCUCCUCCAACUCAGACCGCAUCGACAUCCAUUUCUACCAAGAAUCCCCACCACCACCACAACAGCCAGCACCAAGCGCCUCCUCAGCCUCCCUCCUCCAUCCCCCUGCACCACAGCCACCAUGUCCAUCAUCAUCAGCAGCACCACCACUCCUACAACAGCACCACCACAACCGCUAUCCCAGUUCCUGCUCCAAAUUCAGCCAACCCAACCUCCAUCUCUGUCCCGACCCAAAUCCCAACUCCAGUCUCCUCCUCGGCCCCGGCUCCACCUCCUCCUCCCCCUCCGAUCCCACCAAGAGAUCAGCCGCGGGCACACAGCCGCCUGACCCGAGUGCCCUCCACCAGCACUGGCACCAGCACCAACUUUGUGGAGAAGGAGAAGGAGAGGCUCGAGCGCCUACACAGAGCCAACGCUGCCAAUAACCACCAUGCGAACACCCUCCACCACCACCACAAAUCUGUGGAGGGCGACCCUCAGUGUCCAGAGGCACUCACUUUUUCUGAUUCAUCCUUUGGCCAUCUGCCUCCCUUCCAUCGCUAUAACAACAGCCCCCUCACCAGCCCCUGUGACCCCUACAGUCCCGCCUCUCUCUGCGGGCCCCUGGGAGCCUCACACACUCACACACAGGGAACCUCUCCCAUCUCUCCCCCCAGCCCAGCAAGCCUCGCCUGGGCUCAGCGCAGCAGACACCAGCCGGCCAGCCUGGCGCUCCGCAAGCAAGAGGAGGAGGAGAGCAAACGCUGCAAGGCGCUAUCUGACAGCUAUGAGCUCUCUACAGACCUCCAAGACAAGAAGGUGGAAAUUUUGGAGAGGAAGUAUGGGGGUCAGUUUGUGUCCCGGCGGGCAGCGAGGACGAUCCAGACAGCGUUCAGACGAUAUCGCAUGAAGAAAAACUUUGAGAGGCUUCGCAGCUCUGCCUCAGAAAGCAGAAUGACCCGACGCAUCAUUCUGUCCAACAUGAGGAUGCAGUACUCAUUUGAUGAACGACAGCCACAGUGUCAGGGAUCAGGGGGUCAGCAGGGUUCAGAAGAGACCGGAGACAUGGAAGACUCCUUCUCAAAGCAGAUGAAGUCUCUGGCCGACUCUAUGGACGACUCCCUCACAUGCCAGUCCGGCCGUGAAGACUCACAGGAUGUCGGCGGAGAAGGAGAGGAGGACGACGACGAGGAUGAGGAAGAAGGAGAUGAAGAAGAGGAAGAAGAAGAAGGGGAAGAGGACGAGGAAGAAGAUGAAGAUUACAGACAGUGUGGAUGGCGCAACACCAACACAUCCUCCCGACACACCACAUGCCGGCAGGAAGGUGGCAGAGGAGGCAUGGGAGGAGGUGCUGCCAUGCACGAGGACAGCACCGCCACUUCCUUCAGCGAUGUCACCCUCUACAUGGAUGAAGGCUGCCUCCCUUCCUCACCGCUCUCCCGUCCAGCCUCCAGCUCCGAUACAGAGUACUGGGGAGGAGGAGGUGCAGGAGGCAGAGAGGACAGCAGGGAGACAGAGGGAGGUAGCAAUGCCAGCCGGAGGAGCAGUACCCCCUGUACAGAGUGUCGAGGGGACUACAGAGGGAGGGCUGGAGGAGGUGGAGGACAUCUCCCUGUACUGACCAUUGAACCACCUAGUGACAGCUCAGUGGACAUGAGUGACAGAUCCGAGCGAGGUUCUAUUGGACGCCUGGUGUACGAACAGGAACCAUCAGGACUUGACCGAGGAGGAGGUGGAGAGAGGGUAAGAGGAGGAGGGGAAGGUGAAAGUGGAGAGGAUGAGAGAGGAGGAGGAGGAAGCAGUGAAGCUGACUCUCCGCAGGGAACAAUCAAACACAAACCAAACGGCCGUUCGGUCGCCACGGCACAGGGACAGACUCGCAGCCCCGCUAACGUUCCUCUGCCCAUGCCUUCUGCACGGACCCUGCCCUCACACCCACUCCCACACCCACUCCAACACCCACACUCUCACCCCCACCCUCAUCCUUCACCCAUUCCCCACCUCCCCACCAUCCUCCACCACCAUCCACAGUACAGUCAGCCACAUCCCCUGCACUUGCACCACGGUCACAGCAGCCCAUACAUGCAGCAUGCUCACCACUUCGCCCAGCACCACUACCAUCACCUGCACCACCAGCACCAUCACCUGCCCCACUCAUAUCCAGAACCCCCUUCUUCCCCGCUGCCCUCCCCAGUUCCACCUCUCACACCUCUUUCCCCGCUGCCACCACCACUCACGCCCUCCCCGCUGUCCUCUUCUUCCUCUUCUGCGCUCCAAAACAUGGAGGGGCAGCAGCAGCACCUCGCCCACCACCCCUACCUCCACCAUCAUCACCUGCUCUGCUCAGACGGAGACAAUGAGAGCGUCAACUCCACCACUACCAACUCCAACGAUGACACGACCGUCAACAACUGCAGCUCCGGAUCCUCGUCACGCGAUAGCCUGCGGGAGCCAAUCGGAGGAGCAACUCUGGGGAAGCAGACCUAUCAGAGAGAGAGCCGCCACAGUUGGGACUCACCUGCAUUCAACAACGACGUGGUGCAGCGGCGGCAGUACCGCAUUGGACUCAAUCUGUUUAACAAGAAGCCGGAGAAGGGGAUCCAGUACCUAAUUGAGAGGGGCUUUGUGUCGGACACACCGGUGGGCAUCGCCAGGUUCAUCCUGGAGAGGAAAGGACUGAGCAGGCAGAUGAUCGGGGAGUUCCUGGGCAGUCGGCAGCAGUUUAACAAGGACGUCCUGAACUGCGUCCUGGAUGAGAUGGACUUCUCUGGGAUGGAUCUGGACGACGCUCUGAGAAAGUUCCAGGCUCAGAUCAAGGUUCAGGGUGAAGCUCAGCGGGUGGAGCGCCUGGUAGAGGCCUUCAGUCAGCGGUACUGUGUCUGCAACCCGGUGCUUAUCCGCCAGUUCCAGAAUCCAGACACCAUCUUCAUCCUGGCCUUCGCCAUCAUCCUCCUCAACACAGACAUGUACAGCCCUAACGUCAAGCCGGAGAGGAAGAUGAAGCUGGAGGACUUCAUCAAGAACCUGCGUGGUGUUGAUAACGGGCAGGACAUCCCCAGAGACCUACUGGUGGCCAUCUAUGGUCGGAUCCAGAAGUGGGAGCUGAGGACCAAUGAUGACCAUGUGUCCCAGGUCCAGGCAGUAGAGAGGAUGGUGGUCGGCAAGAAGCCUGUGUUGUCGCUGCCUCAUCGCCGGUUGGUCUGCUGCUGUCAGCUGUUCGAGGUUCCAGAUCCAAACAGAGGACAGAGGAGCGGCGUCCAUCAGAGAGAAGUCUUCCUGUUCAACGACCUGCUGAUGGUGACAAAGAUCUUCCAGAAGAAGAAGACCUCAGUGACUUACAGUUUCAGACAAUCGUUUCCUCUGGUCGACAUGCAGGUCCACACCUUCCAGAACACCUACUACCCUCACGGUAUCAGGCUGACGUCUGCCAACCCUGGAGGAGAGAGGAAGGUGCUGAUCGUCUUCACGGCUCCAAGCCAACAGGACAGAGCGCGAUUCACUUCAGACCUCCGAGAGAGCAUCGCAGAGGUCCAGGAGAUGGAAAAGUACAGGGUGGAGUCUGAGCUCGAGAAGCAGAAAGGUGUGAUGCGUCCCGGCAUGCUGGCAGGACCUGGAGGCAUGGGGACACCAGGGGGCGGAGCCAGCUCCGGGGGAGGGCCAGUGAAGAGUGAGGUAGUGAACGGCACCCUGGGUAGGCCGAGCCUGGACGACACAUACGCCUCAGUGGAUGGACUCAAACGUACGGCACUCAGCUCCUCUCUCAGAGACCUCUCAGAGACAGGGAAGCGAGGCCGUAGGAACAGUGUUGGGUCAUUGGACAGUACUAUUGAAGGUUCUAUUAUUAGCAGCCCUCGGCCUCAUCAGCAGCGCCCCCUGCCUGCAGGAGGUCUGUCUUACAGCCCCAUGAUGGUCCCUUCAUCUCCAGCAGCAUACCGGCCACACCGCCCUACUCAGAGCCCCGGUACAGGGGUGGGGGGUGGGCCGGGGCUCUGUCACAACCAGGGAGGGGUCACUACAUCCCCUCUCGCGAGCGGGGUAGGAGCUGGGGGCGGAGGAGGGAUGGUGAGUGGCGGCGUCCAGACAGGAGGCGGUCGGAUGGGGAAUUUCUUAGCCAGUCGCAGAGGCAAAGUUCCUGGUCCCUUGACGAUGACGUCACCCCCUCCUCAGGGUCCACCGAGUCCCCUGAUGAUAUCAUCACCCCCCCACUACCCCGCCCCCGCACCUCCCAUCCCCCACCCAUCCUCCCCUUCCCCAUGCCCCUCCCCAUCGCCCAACCUCGGGCAGUCGGACCCGGGAGGAGUGGGAGGGGGAGGUGGUCCAGGAGGGGGAGCAUCCAAGCUCCAGGCUUUGCACGCCCAGUAUUGCCACGGCAACAGUGGAGGAGGCGGAGUCAGUGUUACUGGGCACCAGCAGCAGCAAACCCCACCCCCACCGUACCAUCACCAUCACCGCUACCAUAUGCAGAGCGUCCCACAGCACCACAUCCUGUCGCACAGGUUCUCCGCCCCCCGGCGGCAAGCACCAUCCGGCUGCGCUCCCUCUCUUACCCAGCAGCAUCAGAGGCUGCAACAUGGCGCCGCCCAACACCCACGCUACAACAUGGCCUCAGGCUUCAUCACGCCCCCACCGCUGUCCCCGCACUCCCCCAUUACCCCUACUACACCACACGGACUUUACCACUCGCACCCCAUGGUAGGGAGGCCAGCUGGAAGCGCCAAGCUCCCACUGACCAUCUCGCACUCCCAGCCCCACCCCCACGCUCACACACACUCUCACAACCACGCCGUUCACACACACUCCCCGCUCAGCCCCUCUGCCUCUCCCUCUACCCACUUCAUCUUCUCCACCCCACCGCCCCAAACGCCAUCAGCACGGCUCGUCACCCAGACUCCUCCACAACCCUAUACACCUCAGUACCCACCCCUAUCUUCCAUCCCACCUCCUCCUCCACACUCACCCUUACCUCCCCCAUCGACCGCUCCACUCUCCCCACACCCCCCAGGGGUGGUACAAGGCGGCGGCCCCAAAUCAAAGCCCAUCAGUCGGAUCAGCACAGUCGUGUGAGGAAGACCCGAACAAUUGUGCGCUACCCUGCUGUAAGCCGCCAGGGGGCGGUAGUGAGAGGGAGGAGGAGAAGAGGGGGAGGACAAAUGCAGGUGUAUCAAAAUGGCCGCCUGGUGAGGAAGAGAGCCCUGAGAGCAGGGAAAAGGAAACUACUCAGCCUGUGUUAUUUUCACAUCCAUUUUCCUCACAAGUAGAAAGACUCUCACACACACCAAGCUGUUUAUUGGCCAACUUGUUCCCUGCAGGGAAAAGCCUCCGGGAAAACCCACUAACGGAGAAACAAGAGCUGCAGUUACGGCAUUUCCAGUCACAUGACGACGAAGGAAAACUUCCAUACAGUCCAGCUGUCUUAAAAAUGUCCUCAUUUCCCAUCAUAGUGCCCUUUCAAGCUGAGCUGGGACUCCAGAGGACAUGUUUGUAGUUCUUUGCUGACAAAGUGUUCGUGCCAUGUUGUGAGUACGAAUUUUUAUGUUGCUGUAGAAGACAAAUGGUUCAGGGACCAGUCGUGAAGGGAACAGUGCCUGAGAAUAUAACACAAGGGUUAGCGCUUGAUGCUAACGUGAUGUACAGGGUUAGUUAAAAGGGAAAGUUUAGGUUUUGCAGAGACCUGAGAGCAGAACGAGUCCUGUAAGUAUAUCUCCAAAAAUCACAGUCGUCUUAGACCACCUCGUUGGCAAACAAAGAAGCACUUGUACCACAGUUUUGGUUAUUGACAUAUUUACAAGCCAUGAGGCAGAAGGAGAGGUGGUUAGCAUUAAUAUGGUGCAGUUUCUGUGUCUUAGACAGGCGUGCAUGACCUGUGCAAUAGCUAACGAUUAUCAAUGUGUCUAUGGUUAAAAUCCUUUAUGCAGGGGGAGGGAUUCGUUGUGGUGUAAAGCCCCAAUCCAGAGUUUAUUUAGCCACUAGAAGUGAAAUUUACUGAACUUUACUCUGUAUGGAAAAUAAACUUUAUAACACCUUUAAAUAAGCCAUCAAAACAUAAACUACAGGUGUCUUUUACCUUCGCGUUUUAGCAAAAAUGGCUAAAAGCCAUUAGUGUUUGUGGAUUACAGGGUUUCAGCAGGGGGCACUAUACUGUUGUUUUGGAUUGGGACUUGUUUAUUCCUGUAAAUUUGGGCUUUAUUUGUACUAAGACUGUGAAUGCUCUCCCCCCUUUAACAAGUAUCCCAGUAUAUAUGAAAGUGUAAGCCUAAAUUUGUCAGAAAUAAUAAUAUCUGUCCUCUGUAUUUUAUGCUCCAUAUUGUACGUGACCUUGUAUGUUGCCAGAGAAGGAGAUUAAGCUGGAAGGUGCCAAACAGGGAAGUAAAUCAUUAGUUUGACUGACUUGUCAACC